GCAUUUAGCUAUCGCAACUAAGCUAUUAAUUACGGCGCAUUCCUUCUAUCAACUUCUAUUUUCUAUCCAGGGACAAAGAAUUUAUAUCCCCUUAUAAUCCUGAGAUACCUCGACACGCUUUGUCUGUGAGUUGGUGAAGGCGACCAGAGGUCGCGAACGAGCGAGCGAGAGGUCAACCAGUCCCUAUUAAAGACUUUAGGACUAAAACAACUCACGUUGACCAUGAGUCGCAAGCCAAUAAAGUCGCGUGCAAGCGGCAACAAGUCAUUCGCAAGCUCUGGCUCUAAUUCUUUCGGCGCCUUUUCAACUUCCUCUAGAGGUACCGAUCUUUCCUACCUGGCCGAGCCGCCCGACCUCUCCUCCAUCUCUGAUGCCAAUGUUAUCGUUUCACUCAAGAAUCUACAAAAGAAGGAUGCCACUACUAAGGCGAAGGCUUUGGAGGAAUUGGUAGUUUAUGUUCAAGCCCAUCCGUACGAACAAGAUGGGGGGACAGAAGAGCCUAUACUUGAAGCAUGGGUUCAACUUUAUCCUCGAAUCUCGAUAGACAAUUCCCGCCGUGUCCGCGAACUUUCUCACAUCUUGCAAUUCGAGCUGAUGAAAUCCGCCCGCAAGCGUACGGAGAAACACGUACCUAAAAUCGUCGGCUCCUGGCUUGCUGGUACAUUCGACAAGGACAAGACUGUAUCCCGUGCGGCUACUGAAGGUCUUUCUUCCUUCCUGUCGACUCCGGAGAAGGUGGUUCAAUUCUGGAGACGAUGCCAGGCUCAGAUUAUAGAAUAUGCAUCUGAUGCGAUCAAAGAGACUGCGGAGACACUAAGCGACGAACGCUCUACUAAUGCGGACGAUGCCGAAGCCAAGUAUUACCGAGUCUUAGGGAGCAGCAUUGCUCUCGUCCUCAAUCUCUUACAAAAACUCGACCCUAAAGACCUCGAGAAAUUCCAGGACAAUUAUGAUCAAUUCUUCGAACAAGAUAAGAUAUGGUCUAGCGUAACUGUUAAUGAUGCCGUUGUUAGGCGACUGUCUUGUCAACUCUUGUCUGCAUGUUUAGAGAAACGCUCGGGUAGAAUCGAAGCAGACCUUGCACGACUUAGCAAGACUUUUGUCGCUGAGGGUUUGAAAUCCGCCCAGACUGGUUCUGCGACAGAUUACUUAGACUCAUUGACUGAGUUGACUACAAGUCACCCAACAAUCUGGACAUCCGAGUACCGUGGGAAAAGAUCACUAACAUCGAGACUGAAAAGCUUCUUAGAGAAAGGUUCCCAGACUAGUUCUUCAAGGUUCUGGAGUUUACUCAAUCAAUUACUGAGUGUCAUACCCACAGACAUACUUCCUAAGGAUCUCAAUGGUGCCUUGGAAUUUCUAGGGUGCAUGAGGACAGGUCUUACUCGGAGGGACGAGCCUCGUGGAAAUACAGUCGAUGGUUGGUCAACGUACCUCAAUACUGCCAGGAAUUUCGUUGGGAUAAUGAAUUCUAGCGAUGAUCGAAUCAAGGUUGUGCAGGAAAACAUAUUCCCCAUCACAGCACAUUAUCUCUUUCCUACACCUGAAACAUCCGCGUGGGCCUCUGGGAGCCAACCGCAAGUCCUAAUAAAAGCAUAUACAUCGACAGCGAUCUCGCCAUUUCAAGAUGUUGUGGACACCACGAGAUCAGAAUGGAGUCAAUGGAAAGAGAAUUUCAGAACUCGACUUCUCAAUUCAUUACCAGAGGCAUCAAAGGAACAUGCGAAAUCUCAGAAGUUAGUGGCCGAGGAAGGGUUGAGAUGGUUCACUUUGUCAGGUUUGAUUUCGGAUGCUCACGAGAGGACUCUCGGAACAGAUCGCCCCAUCCCGAAUAUCCCAGCCGAAUACUCUGUGGAACUUCUUCGGGAUGUGUUGAAAUUGCUUGAAACAAGAAAUUGGAAGCCAUUUGGAGCAGCGGCAACAUUAGAAUCCGCUUUCAAACAGGCCCCCCAACUUUUCAAACAAUCUUCAGGUGGUGUAGGGGAAAUACUUGACUAUAUGACGACUCUAAUCUCAACGAAUGGAGUCGAACUACUUCAAUCACCUUCGGCUGCUCACGUGUUUUCCAGUGUUAAUCUUCUCAGUCAGAUCCCCGAGCAGAAGCAGAAGUAUGAAGAAAUCUGGAAUAUGAACAUCCCAGCUCUUCUAGAGCACACCGAGAGUCCUGGAGCAUUGUCGGCUCUCACCACUCUCAUUUCCACCCAACCCGCUGCUGUUCUUGCUCAACAGGUUCCAGCUCUACAGGCUGAAUUGAUAAAGCGAUGCCUCAUGUGUUCUGUUGGCAUGGCAGAAACAGGAUGGGACCUUUUCGAAGCUGUUUUCACAUUCAAUACACUUACAAAUUCUGCUGUACGACGGCUUGUGAAAGAACUGGCAAGUCGGAUUACUAAUACAUCAGGUCAACCCGAUCUAGGUGUGAUCAAGGGUCUACGUCUCAUAGCAGAUAAAACGCCAGAUCUUUUACUGCAGGACGAAGAGGUUCAUAUGAGUUUGAUGGCUAGUUUGUUGAGCAUUUCUGAACGAUUUGAUGUUACUUCCGACGUGGUGGUGCUGAGGGGAUUGAUGGAUAAUCCUUCAACAAGCAGUUCUCGAUUGGUUGAGUUAGUUCAGCGAAGCAUUUCUUCUGCUGACUCAGACUCUCUCUCUGUCAGUACCCUCGUCCAGCAGGUUCUACAGUCCUCUACUGCUGGGCUAGAUUGUGAUGCCCAACUUGACCGUUUGGUACCAGAUACCACUGUAUGGAGAAACGGACUCUCUCUUUUCCUACAGGAAGCACCAAAUCAAUCCCUUUCUCUCACAAGCGCACUUGGUGGCGCUUAUCUUCUCCCCUCGCAGCCUUCAACUACACCAGAUACGUCUAUCCAAAGAGAUAGAGAUGGUUGCUCAGUGUCCGGGCGCAUGGCAAUGUAUACGGCUAAGCUGCUCCGCGGAGGAUUUCAGCUAGAUUCUCUGCAGCUCACAAAAAAGGCCGAGAUCAUAAUAUGCUUGAGUUUGACUGCAGAACUAGCAGUAGACCAAUUAACAGUCAUGAGCGAAAAUAAUAUAUGGAAAUCGCUUUCUUCCGAAACCUCUCUGUUGGACGCCGAAGAUUUAAUCUCGUCUGCGCGAGGACUCAUUAUUGACAUGACUCAGGAUGCUGAUGGUUGGAGAGAUGGCACUGGCACGGACUCGUCAAUUCUGAUACACGAAAUUGUUCAAAGAUUGCUUGAUGAGGCAAAGUCUUUGACUACUCUUGGUCUUUAUUCUGCGCGAGUUUUGAGCGAACUUCUUCAGGCAUUGACGGAGAACCACGGUUUUCCAUCUAGCGGGGAGCAAUGGCUAGCGAACCUGGAUAUACUGAAAAGUACUCCCUCGACUGUAUUCCCCGCUGUGGCGGUUCUUAGCGGCCUCGGCGAAACAAUAUCCGCGUCAAGGACUAUCAGUAACUUUUGCAACCGUCUCGUUAGUGAUGUUGCGGGAGCAAGCAUCGGCCAGGAGAAAAGUCUCAUCACUCUCACACUUCUCAACUCUUGUAUGCAAAUAUAUGAUUCUGGGGAGCUGCCAGUUGCGAAUAACAGACUAGUUUUUGCGGUUAGGCAAAUCACGUCGUGGUUUGAUACCCCUGAAAAACUUGAUUAUCGCUUCGCAGCACAGGCCUGUCAUUGCCUCCAAGGUCUUCUCCCAUGUAUCAAGGACGUUUAUGGACCACAUUGGGAGAAGACUCUAGAUUUCUGCACUUACCUUUGGACGAAAUCGACAACGGACUCUCUUGAUUGUCUCAUACCUGGGAUCAAUGCUUCCCUCCGUCUGUUCACCAUGCUAAAAAACUUAGAACAAGAAGAGCCUAACGACGAUCUCAUUGAUGCCUUACAGUCUUCUACGGAAAAGAGGUCAAUCGCACUAAUUGAACUGCUCAAGCUUCCUAGGGGGAAGGACACACAACCUGUAGAGAUUGUAGACUCUAUUCUCUGUCGAUUGGUAGAAAAUAUUCCUCUACAUCAUAUCAAUGAUCUUUCAGAGCUAUAUGGAUUAGUAGCAAGUGAUUCAAGAGGCGUUCAAACAGCAGCAUUUACCCUUCUUCACAAAGCACUCCCCGCCGCCCAGGAGGAACUCUCACUCGAUGUCCUACUAGAAAAGAAGGAUGCGCGACUACCGGAUGAACUCCUUUCACUCCUUCUUGAUGCGCCGACACUCGAACUUUAUUCUGAGGAUAUUCUUACGCGUUUCCCAACGCCAAUUAGAUCAUAUCUCCUCUCUUGGCUCUUGGUUUUCGACUCAUUCAAAGCCGCAUCCUUUAAAGUACGCAGCGACUACGCGGACAAUCUAAAAGCAGCUAACUACGUCGGCCCUCUGAUGGAAUUCACUUUCGACGUUCUGGGUCAUUCGCUAGCACGCCCCCUAAAUUUAGACAAGGCCAAUUUUACGACGGAGCAGAUUAAGGAGUACGAUUUAAAACUCGCAGACGCCGAGAUUGAGGAGAGGAAUAUGCAGUGGCUUCUAAUCCAUCUCUACUAUCUCGUGCUGAAGUAUGUACCCGGUCUCUUCAAGGCGUGGUAUCUCGAGUGUCGUUCCAAGCAGACGAAGAUUGCUGUGGCUGGUUGGAUGACCAAGUAUUUCUCCCCGAUAAUCAUAAAAGAAGCCCUAGCCGAUGUGCAAGAGUGGGGUAGAACCCAGGAAGAACCUGCGGAGGACGAGAAGGAGCUGAAGAUUAAGGUCAGCACCCCCGCGCGGGAGAUCACAGCUGGCUACGAGAUAGACGAGCUGCAAGCUUCCAUCUCGAUACGAGUUCCCCAGGAAUAUCCGCUCGAGGGUGUCACAGUAUUAGGGAUCAACCGGGUUGCAGUCAACGAGAAGAAGUGGCAAAGUUGGAUCAUCACGACGCAGGGCAUAAUUACUUUCUCGGGCGGGAGCAUCAUUGAUGGUCUUUCGGCCUUUCGCCGAAAUAUUGUGGGGGCGAUGAAGGGACAGACAGAGUGCGCCAUCUGUUAUAGCAUCAUCAGCACCGACAAGAAAACGCCGGAUAAGCGCUGUCAGACGUGCAAGAAUCUCUUCCAUCGGACUUGCCUGUACAAGUGGUUCCAGAGCAGUAACCAGAAUACUUGCCCUUUAUGUCGUAAUCCAAUUGACUAUCUUGGUUCGGAUAGGAGAACGCCUAGAGGUGCUUGAGGAUGACGAGAUGCGCGCGGGGUCGGGAGCGUAGGGAAUGUUGGUGGCUUUAGCUGGUAGACAGGCUAUUUAAUUCAUAGCUCUCUCUAAUAAAAUGAGGGUUCAGAGACCACA